AUGUACUUCUUUCAUCCGUUAAUUCUGUAUAUUGUGGUAUUUUAUGGAGAACUGAUUGGACGGUGGCGAAGAUUCAAAAAAGCUUAUGCUGAAUGGUGGAAUAACGAUAUUGACAUCGCACAGCUUGUUGAUCGUUCAAUUGAACCACCACCAGCACAACUGGAUCUUGACUCAGUGCUUCACAUGUGCAGUUCGAAUCCA